UUGCCACCUCUCAUUCCUCAUCUGUCUCGAAACCAAUUCAGAGCUAUGACUCUAAACCUCUGCACUCCAUGCUUCUCUCGCAUGCUUCACCACCCUUUUUCUUCUUCUUCUUCUCUCCCCAACACUCACACUCCUUUGCCUUCUCUAUUAUUUUUCUCCCCUUCCUCACUCCCCAACCCUAACCAAUCCACCUUCAUAAGCACCAAAGCUUCCGUGAGCGAGAGCCACAAUGAAACCUCCGACGACACCGCUGCCAACUUAUUUGACCAACAACUCAUCCUCCGACUCGCCGCAACCGCCAAAGACGCCGACGAGGCCUUACUAAUGAUCGCCGACAACUCCUCCCGAAACGACGGCGUCGUUUCCACCUCCGAUUGCUGUUCCAUUAUCUCCGCAGCACUUAACCGCAACAAUCCCCAACUCGCUCUCUCCAUUUUCUACGCCAUGCGCGCCACUUUUCAUCAAGUUGGCGAGAGUGGUCCUUUGGCUGAGAGAUGGAAGUGGUCGAGGCCAAAUGCAAAUGUUUAUACAUUGUUGAUUCAAGGUUUAGCGGCGGUGUUAAGGGUUUCUGACGCUCUCAGGGUUAUUAGAUAUAUUUGUGAAAUCGGCGUUUCUCCUGGUGAGGAGGUUCCGUUUGGGAAGAUAGUCAAAUGCCCUAGCUGUCGGAUAGCUGUUGGUGUUGCACAACCACAACAAGGUAUUCAGAUAGUGUCUUGUGCAAAGUGUCGCUACCAAUACGAGCUUGUUUCAGGAGACAUAGUCAGUAUUGAAUCAGAAGAAAUCAGCAUGGACAUUACCGCAUGGGAAAGGGGGUUAAGAUACGUGAAACUGAUGAAGCAAAGCAUUCCUGCUGCUGUUCACUCUAUUGUGGUGCAGACCCCUUCUGGUCUGGCUCGCACUCAUAGAUUUGCAACUGAAACAGUUGAUCUGCCAGCUCAAGAAGGUGAAAGGGUAACUGUUGCUGUGGCAGCUCCAUCUAAUGUGUAUCGAAAGGUGGGCCCCUUUAAAUUCAGUCCAAGAGCCCCUGAUUUCUAUCCUGGUGAGGCUAUGUGCAUAACAAACCACAAGGAUGGGCGGGAGUCACUACUGUUAAGAGCCCCAAGAAAAGAAGUAAAUUCGUCAUUACUCAAACCCUCCCUCAUCUUUCCACUUCUUGCUUUGUUGGCCACCGGUGAUGUUGCCUCUGGAAUUAUUGACCCCGGCCUUCCCCAAUUGCUGUCAGUUGUUGCAGUUUCAACUCUUGUUGUUGGAUCUACAGUGAAUACUGUUGUUCUUCCUCAGUUUAAUCAGCUUCCACAGAAAUCAGUAGAAGUAACUGCGAUCAAACAACAGCUUUUAUCUCAAUAUGAUGUUCUUCUGUCUCGCAUCAAUGACCUAAAAGAAGCUGCUGAAAAAGAGAUUUGGAUGUUAGCUCGAAUGUGCCAACUUGAGAACAAAAUUUCAGCUGUUGGAGAACCUGCUUAUCGGACUCGGAUAAGUAAAGUCAAAAGGGUUCGCGAGAGCCUGCAAAACUCCCUCAGGGGACGGAUUGAAUUGAUUGAAAGCUAUGCUAGGAUUUCCUCAAUGAUUGAAAUCGAAGUGGAGAUGGAGACUGAUGUUCUUGCUGCUGAAACUGCUAGUAAUAUGGAUAGUAUCAAAGAACAGAUAGAGCAAAUCAUGGAGCUUGAAAAUUUGGAGGAGAGAUGGAAAAUACAAGCAGAAGCAAAUGAUGAGGCUGAAAGACUUCUUAGUUCCCAGCCCAUGCCUUUGGACGAAGUUUAAAGUUGAAUGGAUGCAUCUGAUUCGUGUGCUGUAUCAUUAGGCAAGCUUCACCUCCCAGCUCAAUGAUCUUUUCAACUGAGCAAAAGAGCAGCAUCCAGUCAUCUGUGUCUUUUAGCAGGCAAGUUUUGAAAUUUUGGUAUCUUAGAAGAAUCACCAUCAUGUCACCAGAAUAUAUGAUCAUCUGUGGCAUCUAAUGCAAAUAUUUGUUGCCACUAAAAGCCGCCCACGCAGCUCUCAAAGUAAAGGUAGAUAACAGCCCAACGUGGUGUAAAUUCGUUGUUAACCAUGGUAAUAUUUUCAGGAACGUUUAUCUUGUGAAAACAUUAUCAUUAUUUGUUAUUAUUGUUGCUAAUAUUUUCUUAAUCGUUCCCAAGUCUAGAUUGGAAGGCCAACACUUCUAAACCGGUUGUUGUCCAUACUAUUUGCAUUUAGCUUGUAUUUUAAAAUAUAUUUUUGAAUUUUUUUAUAGCAUACUUAUAUUUAUAAUGAUUGAAAAAA